GGCGCUCCUGGGGUCAUCUUUAAUUUCUCUUUUAUGCCACAGGCUCCUUGGCACCCCGAGGCCCAUGCCUGGCACACAGCAGAUGUUGAAAAUACUGAUUGAACAAAGCAGCAUUCCCUUUUGGAAAGUCCUAACACACUAUCAUCUCUGACUUGACCCAGUGGGAAGGAAUGGGGACAAUGAGAGGUUUUAAGCCAAACUGCAGUCAGGCUGUUGAGCACAGACGAUCCUCAGAGGAAAAGCAGGGCUGAGGGGAAGCGAGGGUGCAGAGCCAGCCCCGAAUCGAGGCACAAGUUUAACAGGCAGGAAACGGGGCACACUGUCAUGACUCUGGUUUCCCCUUACCAGCACCUCUUAACCACCAUUUUUCUGUUGCUCUUUUUUUAAUGUCACGAUGAGCUCUAAUUUGAGCUGCUUUUAUUGUCCCCCGAAGACUUCUGAGUUAGCUCUGUGGGUAUCACAAAACCUGAAACCCAGUCCGUGUUCCCUGGGCUUUGGGGAAGUGGAACCAUGGGUGCGCUGGUCAUUUUUAGCAGUCGUUGGAGUACAGCCAAAGCUCCCAGAGAUACGAAAAGUACUGCGAAUCGCCCGAUUGGCUGUUGGAAUUAGCUGUUAAACAAAGCAGCCACCUCUUCUCUCUGACUAGACUCUAAGCUCCAUGAAGACAGAGGCUCGCUCUCUCCCACCUCGCGUCACCCUGCGAACCACGCAGGCACCCUCAAAAAUCAGUCGAUCCGAACGUUCCAGGGAUGGGUACCACUUGGAUCACGUUACCGGCAGCGCGUCGGAGGGAACAGAUGUUCCCAUUCAAAUCCACGAAACUGGAAACAUGAGAAAACAACAAUCAUGACAUUGAUUGAUAGUGAUACUUACUGUGUCAGACCGCGUCAGCUCAGCUAGAAGACAGACGUGCAUACGGUCGUCUUUACAUUUGGGUUUCAAAGAUUCUCAAACGCCUAAAUAACGUCGCUGAACUUGGAUCCUAAUUCUUGCUUGAUACGCUGUUCACUGUUUCUUUAUCGAAUUACAGCCCUGUUCUUUUGAAUGUCACGCUCAAGACCUCUCCCUCCGAGAAGGCAGUGCCUCUGGGGCUUCCAAGAUAUUUUCAGUUUGAAAAAAUUUAUCGGGGCGCCCGGGUGGCUCGCUCGGGCGGCGAACAGGCAGAGCCCUCUGCAUGAGGCCCUCGGCUUGCUUCCGCUGGGCCGCAGCCCUGGCCAGAAUAUGGCCAGCGCCGGGGGGCCCCGGGCCUCGGGAGAAGCAGGCGCUGCUCGCGCCGACAGCAGUGGUCACUGCGGUGCAGGUGGCGGGCAAGAAGGACCACCCCGCUCUGCCUCCCCUGGAGGAGAGGGACCUUGAGGAGCAGUUCGUGAAAGGGCACGGUCCGGGGGGCCAGGCCACCAACAAAACCAGCAACUGUGUGGUGCUGAGGCACGUCCCCUCCGGCAUCGUCAUCAAGUGCCAUCAGACAAGAUCGGUCGAUCAGAACAGAAAGCUCGCUCGGAAAAUCCUCCAAGAGAAACUGGAUAUUUUCUACAAUGGUGAAAACAGUCUUGUUUACAAGGAAAAACAGGAGGCAGAGAGGAAAAAGCAAGAGAGGAAAAAAAGAGCAAAGGAAACCCUAGAGAAAAAGAAGCUGCUGAAAGAACUCUGGGAAGCAAGUAAAAAUGUCCACUGAGAAAGAACGGAAGAUGCUUUUCUGUUGUUUGUUUUUGGGUUUUUUUUUGUUUUUUUUUUUUUUUAAGAUUUUAUUUAUUUGACAGAGAUCACAAGCAGGCAGAGAGGCAGGCAGAGAGAGAGGAGGAAGCAGGCUCCCC